AUCAUAAUAUUAGAAAUAUUUGUUUUAAUUUUUAAUUUUGAGUAACUUGAAAUCUCAAAUAAAAAUAAAGAAACUUUCUAACCCAAUUAUUUGUAUAUAAGAACCGACAGCUAAUGCAGCCAAUUUGAAAUUAAUAUUUUAAAAUAUCCAGUGACAAGAGCAUAGUUAUAUUUAAUAAUAAUAUAAAAAACAUUUAAGUGUUAAAAGUUAAAUUAAAAGUAAUUCGCUAAGCGAAUAUCCAAUAUCCUAGCACGGCAAGUGAAGUGAACGAAUUAAGAUUAAUAAUAAAUAUUUGAAAAUAAGAUUAAUAAAAUAACGACAAAUUCAAAGACUGUGAAAGGGGAAAAUAAAGGAAUGGCACCGCCUAAUAAUUUUACCGAUGAAAAUAAUACGACAAGGCCUGUAAUUGAAAAUGAUAAAAAGGAAGCAGACAAGUUGAUGGAUUGGGAAGCUCCGAGAGCGCAAGGGCUUUAUGAUCCCCAAAAUGAACACGAUGCUUGUGGUGUUGGAUUUAUCGUCGCAAUUGAUGGACGACGUAAUCACAAAAUAUUACGAGAUGCUCAAACAUUGGCUGAACGUAUGUAUCAUAGAGGAGCUGUUGCCUGUGACAACGAUACUGGAGAUGGAGCCGGCGUUUUAACAGCAAUUCCACACAAGCUAUAUUCGAAAGAAUUAUCUGCACAAGGAAUUCAACUGCCAGAAUUCGGCAAAUAUGCAACUGGUAUCCUGUACUUGGAUAAAAAUAGUCAUGAGCAAGUUGAAAAGGAUUUUAAUAACCUUGCUGUAAGCUUGGGUUUAAAGAUCAUCACAUGGCGUACUGUUCCAACCGAUAUCAAUGCAAUCGGAACGGUUGCUCGCAAAAGUGAACCGUUGUCACGUCAAGUUUUUGUGACUGCUAACUUGGAUGAAGAAGCAUUAAAGCGACAGGUUUUCGUGCUUCGCAAACGUGCUACACACGAAUUAACGAAGCCUGGUCAACGCUUUUACAUGUGUUCACUUUCAACACUCACUGUUGUAUACAAAGGAUUAUUUAACUCUGAUCAACUGUGGCUCUACUACCUUGACCUUCUCAAUCCUGAUUUCGACACCUACUUGGCUCUCGUUCAUACACGUUUUAGCACAAACACUUUUCCAGCAUGGGAAAGAGCUCAUCCAAUGCGCGUUUUGGCGCACAAUGGUGAAAUUAAUACUUUACGAGGAAACAUAAACUGUAUGAAAGGUCGUGAGGGUGUUAUGAAAAGUGAUAUUUUUGGCGAUCAAUUAAAGAACUUAUUUCCCGUUGUUGAGCCAAAUCUCUCAGAUUCGGGGUCCGCAGAUUGUGUUCUUGAGUUCUUGACAAUGGUUGGAAAGAGAUCAUUGCCUGAAGCUGUCAUGACAAUGGUUCCAGAAGCAUGGCAAAACGAUCGAACUAUGUCACAAGAGAAGCGUGACUUCUAUCGCUGGAGUGCUUGUGUCAUGGAACCUUGGGAUGGUCCAGCAUUAAUCUCAUUUACCGAUGGUCGCUAUAUUGGCGCAGUUUUGGAUCGUAAUGGACUUCGUCCUUCUCGAUUCUAUGUCACGAGAGAUAAUGUUCUUAUUAUGGCAUCAGAAGUUGGUGUUUAUGAUGUUGAACCAAAGGAUGUCCUCUUGAAGAGUCGAUUGAAGCCAGGACGUAUGUUGUUGGUUGAUACCAAAGAAAAGUCACUAAUUCAAGAUGUUGAAUUGAAAUCAAAAAUUGCGAAGUCACGACCUCAUGGAGAAUGGCUUCAACAGCAGAUUUUCCUGCAAGAUAUACGUCGUGAGGAUUCACUCAAGCAUGGAGCAUUGAGUGCUGUACGGUCCGCUGGAGAUUUAAAGCGUUUUACACGUGGACUUUUUGAUCCACGUUUAACACUUUAUGGAUACACAACGGAAACAAUUCAUAUGUUGUUGGUUCCAAUGAUUAAGAAUAAGAAGGAAGCACUCGGAUCUAUGGGAAAUGAUUCACCGUUAGCAUGCUUAUCAAAAUUCCAACCUUUACCAUACGAGUAUUUUAAGCAAUUAUUUGCUCAAGUUACAAAUCCACCAAUUGAUCCUUUCCGUGAAAAAAUUGUCAUGUCAAUGCAAGCACCAAUUGGGCCAGAAUAUAACAUUUUGGAGCCAUCAGCUCAACAAGUUCAUCGAAUUUGGCUCAAUAAUCCUAUUUUGAGUGUUGCUGACAUACAAAUGUUGAAGCGUAGCACUUAUCGUGGAUGGAAAACAUGUGUCAUCGAUAUAACAUUUGAUUUUCGUGAUGGAGUUCAAGGAUAUAUUGAGACUUUUGAUCGUAUUUGUAGAGAAGCUCAAAGAGCAGCCGAAACUGGCCAUCAAUUAAUCAUCAUUUCUGAUCGGGCUGGAGGACCUCAAUUCUGUCCAAUUUCAUCAAUUUUGGCUCUCGGAUGUAUUCAUCAUCAUUUGAUUGAAACAAGAUUAAGAAUGAAACUUGGAUUGAUUGUUGAAACUGCUGAAGCAAGAGAAGUACAUCAUAUUUGUGUUCUUUUGGGCUACGGUGCUGAUGCAAUUAAUCCAUACCUUGUUUUUGAAUUGGCAAAAACUCUUCGUGAUCAAUGCAUUAUUGAUCCAGCAUUGAGUGAUGAAGAAAUUUCAAGUAGCUUUGGAAAAGCUAUUGAUACUGGAAUGUACAAGGUCAUGGCUAAAAUGGGUAUUAGUACAUUGCAAUCGUACAAGGGUGCUCAAAUUUUCGAAGCUGUUGGUCUUGGUGUAGAAGUCGUUGAUAAAUGUUUCCGUGGAACUGCUUCGCGCAUUGGAGGUGUUACUAUGGACAUUUUGGCACGUGAAAGUUUGGAACGACAUCAAUUGAGUUUCCAUCAUGUUUCACCUGAUGCUCAGAUAUUGAGAAAUCCAGGAAACUAUCACUGGCGAGCAGGAGGUGAAGGUCACUUGAAUGAUCCAGCUGCAAUUUCUGCACUUCAGGAAGCAUCAAUUAAUGACGAUCACAGCUCAUACAAAAGAUUCCGAGAAGCAACAAUGAACAGUGUCAGACAGUGUUGUCUGCGUGGACAACUAGAUUUUGUUUCUGACCGCGAAAAAGUUGAUAUCUCAGAAGUCGAACCAGCAUCUGAAAUUGUAAAGAGAUUCGCAACUGGCGCUAUGUCAUUCGGUUCCAUUUCAUUGGAAGCUCACGCAACUUUGGCGGUUGCAAUGAACCGUAUCGGAGGAAAAAGUAAUACUGGUGAAGGUGGUGAAAAUGCCGACCGAUAUUUAAAUCAAGAUCCUCAAUUUAACAAACGAUCAGCAAUCAAGCAAGUCGCUUCAGGUCGUUUUGGAGUAACUGCAGCGUAUAUUGCAAAUUCCGAUGAUUUACAGAUAAAAAUGGCCCAAGGUGCUAAACCCGGCGAGGGAGGUGAAUUGCCAGGCUAUAAAGUCACGAAAUCAAUUGCUAAAACUCGUCACUCAGUUGCUGGUGUAGGACUAAUUAGUCCACCACCACAUCACGAUAUCUACUCUAUUGAAGAUCUUGCUGAAUUAAUUUAUGACUUGAAAUGUGCCAAUCCAAAUGCUCGAAUUAGUGUCAAAUUAGUUUCGGAAGUAGGUGUGGGAGUCGUUGCUGCUGGUGUCGCAAAAGGAAAAGCAGAACAUAUUGUUGUAUCUGGUCAUGAUGGUGGAACUGGUGCAAGUUCUUGGACAGGUAUUAAAUCAGCUGGAUUACCUUGGGAAUUGGGUAUUGCUGAGACACAUCAAGUUCUUGUGUUAAACAACUUAAGAUCAAGAGUGAUUGUGCAAGCUGAUGGACAAUUAAGAACUGGAUUUGAUAUCGUUAUUGCUGCAUUAUUGGGCGCUGAUGAAUUUGGAUUUUCGACAGCUCCAUUGAUUGUAAUGGGAUGUACAAUGAUGAGAAAAUGUCAUUUAAAUACUUGCCCGGUUGGAAUUGCUACUCAAGAUCCAAUUUUACGUGAAAAGUUUGCAGGAAAACCAGAACAUGUCAUCAACUACUUAUUUAUGUUGGCUGAAGAUAUUCGUGAAAUUAUGGCAGGCAUGGGAAUCCGUAAAUUCCAAGAAUUGAUUGGUCGAACAGAUUUGCUGAAAAUGAAUCCUGAUCGUAAUAACGAAAAAGCUCAUACAUUAGAUUUACAGCUUGUCUUGAAGAGUGCUCUUGAGAUGCGUCCAAAUACAAAUAUAAUUGGGGGUUCAGUCAAGCAAGAAUUCCAAUUGGAAAAACGUUCUGAUAAUGACAUAAUUGAACAAGCUCAAGGAAUUCUCAAUGGCAAAGAAAAGACAUUGAAUCUCAACAUGACAAUUCGCAAUGAAGAGCGUGCGUUUGCCUCAACAUUGAGUUAUCAUAUUGCAUGUAAGUUUGGUGAGCCUGGUUUACCUGAUGGAACAUCAAUUAAUAUUAAUUUGAGAGGUUCUGCUGGACAAAGUUUUGGUGCAUUUUUGGCAAAGGGUGUUAAUAUAAGAUUGGUUGGUGAUGCAAACGAUUAUGUUGGUAAAAGCUUGAGUGGAGGAUCAAUUGUUAUAACACCUCCUGAAGAUUCUCCAUUUGAAAGUCACUUGAAUGUCAUCGUUGGAAAUGUAUGCCUUUAUGGUGCAACUAGCGGUAAAGCUUUCUUUAGAGGAAUUGCAGCUGAACGUUUCUGUGUAAGAAAUUCUGGAGCUAUUGCUGUUGUUGAAGGUGUAGGAGAUCAUGGAUGUGAAUAUAUGACGGGCGGUAUUUGUCUUAUUUUAUCUGGAAAUACAGGCAGAAACUUUGCAGCUGGUAUGAGUGGAGGUAUUGCUUACGUUUAUGAUCCUGACGAUAUUUUCGUUAGUGGAAAAGUCAAUAUGGAAUCUGUUGAGUUGUGUGAGCUUGACGAAAAACCUGAUCGUGAAUUAGUGCAUGGAUUGCUUGAAGAAUUUGUUCAAAAAACUGGAUCAGUUUUGGCUAAGGAUAUUUUGAAUUCUUGGCCAGGUGUUUGCUCGAAAUUCGUUAAAGUAUUCCCAUUCGAAUAUCAACGAGCAUUGAAAGCAUUAGAAGAGGAAAGAAUAAAGGAAGAACAAUUGAAAGAAGAGGAAAGAUUAAAGGCCUUAGAAUUAGAAGAAGAGGCACAAGAUGUUGAUGUUGACAAUGAUCCAUAUGAACCUCAAGUUAAGGAUAUUGAAGAAGCUGUCAAGGAUGUUGCCCUUGAAAAACGUAAAGUUGUAAAAGAAAAGAAUUUGGAUAAGGUUCGUGGAUUUAUUAAGUACAAACGUGAAGUUCAGCCAUAUCGUAAUCCAGCCAAAAGACAAGAAGAUUGGGAUGAAAUUUAUAAUUUCGAUCACGUCCGAAAAAAUUUGAAAACUCAAGCAGCACGUUGCAUGGAGUGUGGCGUUCCAUUCUGUCAAUCAAAUGUUCAUGGAUGUCCUCUUGGAAAUAUUAUUCCAAAAUGGAAUGACUUAGUCUUUACUGAUAGAUGGAAGGAUGCUCUCUUGCAAUUAUUGCAAACGAAUAACUUCCCUGAAUUUACAGGACGUGUUUGUCCAGCUCCUUGCGAAGGAAGUUGUGUAUUGGGCAUUUCUGAGCCAGCAGUAACAAUUAAAAAUAUUGAGUGUGCAAUCAUCGAUACUGCAUUUGAAGAAGGAUGGAUUAGACCAGAAAAACCAUCUUGUCGAAGUGGAAAUAAAGUUGCAAUUAUUGGAAGUGGACCUGCUGGCUUAGCAGCUGCUCAACAAUUAAAUCGUGCUGGACAUACAGUCACAGUAUAUGAAAGAAACGAUAGACCCGGUGGUCUUCUUCAAUACGGCAUUCCAACGAUGAAGUUAUCAAAAGAAGUUGUUAUGCGUCGUAUUGAUCUAUUGGAGGCUGAAGGAAUUAAAUUUAAAUGCAACGUAAAUGUUGGCACAGACGUUAGUUCUAAUGAUCUACUCAACAACUACGAUGCAGUUUUAAUCACCACUGGAUCAACAACUCCACGUGAUUUGUCUAUUACUAAUCGUCAUUUGAAUGGAAUUCAUUAUGCGAUGGAAUUUUUGGAAGCUAAUCAGAAACGUCAAUUGGGAACACGCGAAGAUUGCAUUUGGGCUCAUGGAAAGGAUGUCAUUGUUAUUGGUGGUGGUGACACUGGCUGCGAUUGUAUUGCAACUUCUUUAAGACACGGUGCUAAGUCAAUUACUAAUUUCGAACUUCUUCCUCAACCACCUGCAAAACGAGCUGCCGAUAAUCCAUGGCCACAAUGGCCUCGUAUUUUCAGAAUCGAUUAUGGUCAUGAAGAAGUGAAACUUAAGCAUGGAAAAGACCCUCGACAAUACUGUAUUACAGCGAAGGAAUUCUUGGAUGAUGGAAAUGGCAAUGUCAAGGGUGUCAAUACAGUUCAAGUAGAAUGGACCAAAUCAGCAACAGGUCAGUGGCAAAUGAAGGAACUUGCUGGUAGUGAGAAGUUUUACCCAGCAGAUCUGAUUUUACUCGCAAUGGGAUUUAUUGGACCUGAAAAGAAAGUUCCUUCCGAUAUUGGCGUUCCAUUGGAUAAUCGAGGAAAUAUUCAAACACCAAACGGAACUUAUGGAACUUCUAAUCCAAAGAUCUUUGCAGCAGGAGAUUGCAGACGGGGACAGUCACUCGUUGUAUGGGCUAUAUCAGAAGGAAGACAAGCAGCAAGACAAAUUGAUUCAUUCUUAACAGGAAUGCCAAGCGUUCUUCCAGGUCCCGGUGGUGUAAUUAUUCCACAAAAAGCUACAUAAAUUUAUCGUCAAGUAUUUUGAUUUUCUUUCAUAAUCAUUUUUUUUAUUCAACUUAUUUCCAAUUCUUUUGGUCAUAGAAUGUUGUUAAAUCCAAUAAUCAUUUUAUUUUAAUCUUUAUUAUGAUAACAAGCAUUUGAAAUCAUUUUGAGAAUGAUAUUGCAUGGCAUUUUUUAAGAAAAAUGUUGCUCGUUAAUUUUACACAUGAUCUGUUAUUAAUGCAACAAAUUUUAUGGAUAGUCUCUUUUUUCGCGACAUUUGUAAUUUUUUUACAAUUAUUUAUAUUCGUAAUUUUAUGUACUUUAAUUAAGUUUUCUUUUUCAUUGACGAAAAAAAAACAAGAUUGAGAAAAUGAAACGAAAAACAAUAAGUAGUAAUGAGAGUAGAUGUACUUUAUAAAACUUAAUGACAACUAUGAAAAAUAUUGUGAUUACAUACUGUACUUUAGAAAAGUUCUUGAAGCAUACUAUACCUUUAAUAAUUUAAAAAGGCUUUAUUCGUUCAUUCUAUCCAUCAAUUGAAUUUGUUAAUCUAAAUUCAAACUCAUCAUAUACCUAAGUCUAUUUAAAACGGAGAAAAAUCAUUGAUUGAUCUCUUUUUGCCCAGAAAAAUGUUCUGUUUGCUUUAUAAUUUAGCUCUAUAGUAUAAAGUGAUUAUGUUAGAGCUUAGAGAUGUUUCGAAGAAGAAAGUAAAAUGUUAUGACAGAACUAUUUAAAGAGAACUAUAUUAUAUUAAAUCUAUUUACUGUGCAUGGGUCAUUUUCUUUUUAAACAUUUUGAAAGAGGAUCAAUCUUACGAAAUAUCCAUAAGUUUAAUACUUUUGAUGAUAUUGCACAAAACUUCAAUCUAAGAUGAUCCGACACCAUAGAAUGUCGAACAUAUGUAGCUUGUCAGCAAUUUUUUUUUUUAAAUUUCUUCAUUCCACAAUUUCCAUAAACAAGCACAAUGCAUUUUCUUUUUUCAAUUACAAUUAUUAAUUAAAAAAAAACACACAAAAAAAAUGAAGAGAUAUUAAUGAUGUUGAUUAUGUGACUAACUUAUAUGUAAAUGAAGCAUAUCAUGAUAAAGUUCAUGACAGUUGAGUCAAAAGUUUUUGACAUGUUUUAUUGUUUAAAUAUAUAUUUACGACGAAAAGACCCAAAUAAUAAUAUUUUAAAUGAAGUAAAUGUCAAUUAAAAUUGAUGCUAAAAUUAUUAUAUAAAUUAUAUAUAUACAAAAAUAGAUGAUAACAACCUCAUAAUGGAGGCUAAAAGUGUAUUACAUCAAUUAAUUUUUAUUUAUUUCCGAAUCAUGAAAUGACGAAAUAUUUUACGAAAAAUCAGCCUUUUGUCAUUUUCCUUAUUCGGAAAAUAUAUAAAUCUUACAAAUGGAUUCUACGAAAACUGAAAAGAUUGGAAUGUCCUUUUAUUCUGACAAUAAUUAGUCGUUUAAAACAAGAAUAUUAAGAGAAAAUAAGCUCUUUUGAGGCCACAAAAUGUAGUUUACGCAUAUUUACUGACGAUAAAUUGAAACAUUAAAAAAUGCAAAAGUAAAAACUUCAAACAAAAUGUAAUCAAAAAUUAUAUAUUAAUAAUGUUAAAUAAAGUUAAAACUUAGGACAGCA